GAAACUUGUUUGGAUGCUUUCGAGAAUGUUACUGGCGAUACUGGUGAAAAGAUGACGAAUUUGUUGAAGACGUCAAAAGAAAUGACCGCUAAUGGACUUGUGAUGGUGGGUGAGGUUACAUCCCUUGUGACCUCUUUGUGGAAGGCGCUCGGGCUGCCAGAAACAGGGCGACAACUCCGAGCAAAAGAGCUCGAUGAAGAAGAUGAAGAGGAAGAGCCAUCUUGGGUCAAUGACAGGCGAGGGCUACUCCAAGCCACUGGUGCCAAGAUUAGGGCGAAUGUGGUGGUGGCUAAGGACGGAAGUGGAAAGUACAAGACAAUAACUCAAGCCCUUCAAGAUGUCCCAAGGAAGAGCAAUAAAACCUUUGUGAUUUAUGUCAAGGAAGGAGUUUACCAAGAGCAAGUAAUGGUGGACAAAACAAUGACCUGGGUCAUGAUGAUUGGAGAUGGUCCUACCAAGACCAAGAUCACGGCCGGCAAGAACUUCAAGGAUGGAACAUCCACAUUCAAAACUGCUACCUUUGCGGCGGUUGGAACCAACUUCAUUGGAAAAGACUUGUGGUUCGAGAACUCAGCUGGGCCUGAGAAACACCAGGCUGUGGCACUCCGAGUUCAAUCAGACAUGUCAAUCUUCUACAAUUGUAGAAUGGACGGCUAUCAAGAUACUCUCUACACCCAUGCUCAUCGUCAAUUCUUUCGAGAUUGCACCAUCACUGGUACCAUUGAUUUCAUCUUUGGCAAUGCUGCUGUCAUCUUACAGAAUUGUAAGAUAUUUGUGAGGAAGCCAAUGGAGAAUCAAAAAUGCAUCGUCACUGCUCAAGGUCGGCUUGAGAGGAAAGAGCCCACUGGUAUCGUCCUCCAAAAUUGCGCCAUCUCUUCUGACCCCGGCUUCUUCCCUGUCCGCCAUGUCUUCAAGACCUACCUUGGCCGCCCAUGGAAGCAGUAUUCAAGAACCAUCAUCAUGCAAUGCCAAAUUGACGACUUGAUCCAACCUGAAGGGUGGCUUCCAUGGGAGGGCGAUUUUGCUCUCAAGACUUUGUUUUACACAGAAUUUGAUAACAGAGGACCUGGUGCAGCAAAACAAAAUAGAGUUAAGUGGAGGGGAAUUAAACAAAUCACACCAAAGCAUGCCCUUGAUUUCACCCCUGGGUUGUUUAUUCGUGGUAAUCCCUGGAUUAGGCGCACUGGAGUUCCUUACUAUUCGGGCAUGGCAACGAUCUAAAAUCAAGGGAAUAGAACUCCUAGAAUUC